AUGUAUCCACCCUCGCAAGGGUUGAACCUUGACAUCGACGCCCUGAGCGGCAUCUGCGGCUCCAUCUCGAUUGCCUGCUGGGUUGUUGUCUUCUCUCCACAGAUCAUUGAAAACUUUCGGCGCGGCUCUGCCGACGGGCUGUCAGUCGUUUUCAUCGUGAUAUGGCUCGCAGGGGAUGUGUUCAAUAUACUGGGAGCGGUGCUUCAGGGCGUGCUACCCACAAUGAUCAUCCUCGCGCUCUACUACACUCUCGCCGACAUCGUCCUCCUUGCGCAAUACUUCUACUACGAAGGCUUUACGCUGCGCGACAAGAUCAAGAAGCGGCCCGACACCUCCACAGAAGGCGCUAGUAAUACCCCCUCCUCCGAGCGCACUCCCCUGCUGUCUCCACCCAACGGUCCCACAAACGGCCACGCAGAGGCCCCCGCCCACGUCUCCACCUCCGACAGGGAGCGCCGCCCCUCCCACAGCUCCUUCCGCGAGCGCCUCCUCUCCGUCGGCGGCGAGCACCUCUCUCCCGCCACUCCGCUCAUCACCGACCCCGCGAAGUCCGGUACGCAGUCUCCGGCUCGCGCGCCGAAACCGAAGCCGUCACUCCUGCGCGCGGCGCUCUUCAACCUCGUCUCCAUCCUCCUCGUCUGCGUGGCCGGCUUCCUGGGCUGGUGGCUGAGCGCGCGGACGUCGCGGAUGUCGCAGGGAGGGCCUGGAUACAACGAUGGCGAUGGCGAUGGCGAUGGUGCAGAGGAGCCGGCGGCCAGGGAGGCGGAUACGCUAAAGUUCAACAUUGCGGGCCAGGUGUUUGGCUAUAUUUGCGCGGCGUUGUAUCUGGGGUCGCGCGUGCCGCAGCUGCUGCUGAAUUGGCGGAGGAAAAGCACGGAGGGGAUCAGCAUGUUGUUUUUCUUGUUUGCGUGCGUGGGGAACGCGACGUAUGUGCUUUCGAUUCUGGCAUAUGAGCCGGUGUGUACGGAUGGGAGGGGGUGGGUUAGAGGGUGUAGGCCUGGGGAGGGCGGGAAGGUGUAUGGGAAGUAUAUUGCGGUGAAUUUGAGCUGGUUGAUUGGGAGUCUGGGGACGCUAUUUUUGGACGGGUUUGUGUUUGUGCAGUAUUUCCUUUAUAAGAAGGAAGAGGAGGAGGAGGAUGUGGAGUCGGUUACCGAGACAGAUGAAGAGGAUGCUAGUGCGGCUGGAACGCCGAGGCUUGCGAGGGACUGA